GAUCACAACCGCCUGGGUGCAUUGUAGCAGCAAGUCACAACGGAGAAGCUGCUGCUGCUGGUGCUGUUCUUCAUUUCCUCAAUUGGCCAUUUUGUAGGAAUAUAGGAUGCUCUCAGUGUCCGUGGCCGUGCUGUGCCUCGUGGCAGGAGCGAGUGCACAAUUCGGUACUACUGAUCUUGGAUCAGGUGAUGGAAGAAUUCGGGACAAGGACGCACCUAAGGAAUGCCGGGUGAUUGAGAUAGCGAACGGCGCAGCAUUCAAGGAGGGAACACGGAGUGAGCUCUUCUCCAGGCACACUGUCCAGGAAAAAGAAGGUGUCACGUAUGAGUGCGAUGAGGGUUACAACCUGGUUGGAAACAGACUACUGACCUGUGUGAAGGAGACCGAGCAAUUUAAUUUUCCACCUCCAAGAUGUGAACCUGUUGUGUGUCCCGAUCCGGGAGUGCCACUGAAUGGCGGACGGGUCGGUGAUGUGUUCACGUAUGGCAGCACUGUCACCUUCUCCUGUGACCGUGGCUACACACUGAGCGGCACUAUUCGUCGCACAUGCCGCGCCGAAGGCAUCUUCUCCGGGUCCGAGGUCACCUGCAUACCUGUGGACUGUGGUGAUCCUGGUGCGCCCGACAAUGGCGCAAGGGCAUUGAAUCCCAACACACGAUUCCCGUCCACUGUCGCGUUUACUUGCGACCGCGGAUUCAAUCUGCAAGGCGCUCGCGGUGCGGCAUGCCAGCCAGAUGGCACCUGGUCAGAGCCAGUACCCAAGUGCCAACUUGUUGGAUGUUGCGAGCUGGAAGCACCUCGCAAUGGUGCCAAGAUUGGUCAAGGUACGGACUACAACCAAGUUAUCGGAUUCAUCUGUGACGAUGGCUUCUCCCUGGUGGGGCCAAGGCAGCGGACAUGCCAAGUCGAUGGUACCUGGACGGGUGAACCUGUUCGAUGCGAGCCUAUCACAUGUCCUGUACCACGCACCAUUGACAAUGGUGGGUACACGGCCACUACACUGAACGUCGGAAAUGAAGUUGAUUUCUACUGCGACACUGGAUACCACCUGAACGGGGACAUGAAGCUCACCUGUCUUCCCAAUGGCAAAUGGGAUAGACCUCUACCGGAGUGUAUUGUGGCAAUGUGUGGUGAUCCCGCCAUGCCCGAGAAUGGAGCUCGCCACGGCGAAGACUUUGAAUUCCGCUCGUCGACCAGCUUCUCAUGCGCCCGUGGCUAUCGUCUCCUUGGCUCAACUGUGCGCUUCUGCCAGGCAAACGGAUCAUGGACCGGCUUACCAGCAAUGUGCAACAAAAUUAGCUGUGGAGACCCAGGAACUCCAACGAAUGGUGGUAAGACCCAGACAGGCACCGGUGUAGAAGACACAGUCGGCUGGACGUGCGAUGACGGAUAUCGCAUGGUGGGUGCCAACAAUGCUAUUUGCAGACCCAACGGAGCGUGGUCCAUGCCCACACCCAUCUGUGAACGUAUCAUGUGCGCCGAUCCCGGUACACCACUGUAUGGCUCUCGAACUGGCGACAGCGUCUUUACAUCCGGUGCUGAUCUGAACUUUGACUGUAACCGUGGUUUCGCCCGGCAAGGUCGCCCAGCGAUUGAGUGCAUGCCCAGUGGUGACUGGAACUUCCCCAUUCCGCUAUGUGAAGAAAUGCUCUGUACCGAGCCGGGAACAAUUGCUAAUGGAGUACGUAUCAUCGCCGGCCUUGCCCUGGACGACACUACCAAGUAUCAGUGUAAUCCUGGUUACACACUGGUCGGGUCUGAGGAGCUGAUGUGUGUCAUGCAGCCACAGAUCCUCGACCUGCCCAGCCGCCUCGACUGGGACAAUUCACCACCUAGAUGCGACAAGAUUGAAUGUCCCAACCCGGGUGCUCCGGCCAACGGCGACCGCCAAGGAAAUGACUUCACUUUCCUCAGCUCGGUAUCCUUUACUUGCAACGAAGGUUAUGUCCUGGAAGGUAGUCCUGCUGCUAUGUGCAUGGCCGACAAGCAAUGGUCCAGUCCUCGACCCACCUGCAGGCCCGUACGAUGCCAUGACCCCGGUUCAAUCGACAACGGAGUACGUCGUCUUGGCGGUACCAUGUAUGGUGACUCAGUCAUGUGGAGUUGUGAUCUGUCCUAUGUCUUGAUGGGUGCUCCUGCUGCACGAUGCCAGGCUGAUGGGACAUGGAGUCAGCCCAAACCAAACUGCAUCUUGGCAGAAUGCGAGGACCCGGGUGUACCGGACAAUGGCUACCGACGCAUGACCACAGCUACAAUUGGCUCAACUGUUGACUACUUCUGCAAUGAGGGAUAUGAGCUUUCAGGGCCCUCAAGACGUACUUGUACGCCAAGUAGAGUCUGGGAUAGAUCUCCACCAGUUUGCAAUGUCAUCAUGUGUCCCGACCCACUGGCCCCCAUCAAUGGUGGGCGUACCGGUGAUGAUUUCGGCUAUGCCAUGUCCGUCAGGUUCAAUUGCAAUGAGGGAUACCGGCUGAGAGGUCACCCCGUCGUCAUUUGCUUGGCCAAUCGCACCUGGUCCGACCCCACACCAAUGUGUGAAGAGAUUGACUGUGGAGACCCAGGACGGGUUGUCAAUGGCCGACGUGCUCUCACCUCUACUGUCUACGACAGCCGUGUCGGCUACUCAUGUAACAGUGGUUAUGAACUGGUCGGGGAUGCCAGUGCCAGGUGUCAGCUGAAUGGACAGUGGAGCAGCCCACCACCGCAGUGUGUCCGGAGACGUUGUGCUGAUCCUGGCACACCGGCCCAUGGUAGCCGGACUUUAGAAGGUCUCGAAUUCACAGAUGGAGUGACGUGGCAAUGUAAUGUCGGAUAUGUUCCUCUUGGAGCCACCAAUGCAGUUUGCCAGGCCAACGGUCAAUGGAGCAGUCCCGUGCCAGUCUGUAACCCAAUCAUGUGUGCCGACCCAGGCGAGCCAACAUUCGGAAGUCGUCAGCUGGAGGGACUGGUCUACCAGAACCGUGUUGACUGGGCUUGCGACGAGGGUUACAACCUGGUCGGAUCGCCGUCUGCUAUCUGCCAGGCCGAUCGUACCUGGACUAGCCCUGUGCCCGUGUGCGAACCUGUUGACUGUGGAGAUCCAGGAACCCCUACCAAUGGCGGUCGUCGUAUGAGUGGUACCAUUCUGGGCGACCAGGUCACCUUCUCAUGCGAUGCUGGAUACCGUAUGGAUGGUGAUUUACAGGCGGAAUGCUUGCCCACUGGUUCAUGGUCUCGGCCACCACCACGCUGUAUCAUUAUCGAGUGUGCAGACAUCUCUCCACCGGUCAAUGGCAACAGGGUGUUAUCAAGUCGCAUUGUGAACUCUGAAGCUACGUUCACCUGUAAUGAAGGCUACACUCUUGUUGGAACCACGUCUGUCACCUGCCAGGAGACUGGAUUUUGGACAGAUGUACCGCCAGUGUGCCAGAUCGUCGAUUGCCGUGCACCACCUCCGAUUGAGAACGGUAUCAUUGAUUAUGGCCAGACAACAUUCAAAUCCCAGGCCCGCUACAAGUGUGAUGUUGGCUACAACCUCAUUGGUGCCAAUGUGCGCGACUGCUUCGCAAGUGGUAUUUGGAACCCAGCCGCUCCAGUCUGUGUCAAGGUUACAUGUGGCAACCCUGGUGUCCCCGCUAACGGUCAGCGUAUCGGUAAUGACUUCUCCUACGAGGCGAGAGUGGAGUUCACGUGCGAUGCAAACUUCCAGCUUAACGGUCCAAUUUCAGCAGUGUGCCAGGAUGACGGCACGUGGAGCAACCCACUGCCAAGCUGUGAUCCUGAUUGCUUGGUGAGCAACUUUGGAGCCUAUGGGGCAUGUAGCGUGACUUGCGAUAAUGGCACGCAGGUUGCUACUCGCGCUAUCAUUCAGGCUCCCUCCGGCCUUGGCUUCCCGUGUCCACCUCUGAUGCGCUCACAAGGAUGCAACCUAGGACCAUGCAUCCAGUGUGAGGACAGAUUCCCAGAAGGAGCCGUUGUGUAUCGUCUUACACAAGUUGAUGUGAGCUCAUCCACUCGUAUUCUGAUUGUUGUGGAUGAGUCCAAUUCCAUGGAAGGAGAGCAUAGGUGGCUGAGAGAAAUGAUUUCCGGCUUGGAGCGAAACCUUGUCGAAGACGGAAUUGGCGUUGAUCCAUCCCAGCCCAAUAUGUACAGUCUUGUGGGAUAUGGUCGACGUUCACCAAACUACACUGCUGCAUUCCUCGAGGACGAUCAAGGACGGCGUGUGUUCACCAGUGCUAGCUUCGGUGAGGCAGCAGCUCGCCUGUAUGCUGAUCCCGAAGGCAGAAUUGAAGAUGGCUACGAGGCCAUGGCCUUUGGACUCAAGGAGCUUAAUUACCAGGCCGAUCCGAGCAUUGCACAUAAUCUGAUCUUCAUCUCUGAUGAGGAUCGUGAUGUGACCAACGAGGGAAGAGAAGUCACCAGAUCGGUUAUGAAGAGAAUGCUGCGUCAAGGCGACUGGCUUCUCAACGCUGUCGUGGACAACUCAUACACCUGUCGCGGAACCCCGGCCAUUGGCGUCGACAGCAACUUGGUUGCUUACCUGCCAAGAGGUGCAGGAGGUUACGACGCUUGUAACACCAGUACCGUUGUAGGACCUGGCUAUGCCGGGACAAGAAGGGAUUAUACUAAUCUUGCCUUGGAGCUGAAGGGAGCAGCAUGGGACAUCAAUGUCCUGCGUACCGGCGGUCCGUCCAGUGCUAGCUUCACCAACGCCUUCACCGACGUGAAGACGUCUGAGAUCCGCAGAGCGACAGACCUGUGCCGUCGCUGUGUUUGCAGAGACUCCAAUGGCGCGGGAGCAUUCAGCUGUGCGGCAGACCAAAACCAGGAGCGUUGUUCUUGCAUUGCAGAGGCUGGACAGUGGGACGAGGCACGAUCAGCAUGCGUGGGACUGCCCGAGGCUCGGCCAUGCAUUGUUGGACAGUGGACCGCCUGGGGUAGGUGCUCGGCAAGUUGCGGAGUAGGCUCCCAGGUGCGUAGACGUGAAGUACUCCAGCAACCUGACUCUCGUGCUGGAGCAUGUCCCAAUCUGCGCGAGACUACUACCUGCAGCCUCCGUGAUUGUCCACAAAACUGCGCAUACCCUGGUACCAUUGUCAAUGGUGGACUGAACUUGCCCAGCAAUGUGGCAACCUUCUCACCAGGAACAAGAGCUACCUACAACUGCAACUCUGGCUAUCGCCUGCAGGGUGCAUCCUCCAUUAAUUGCAUGCCAGAUGGCCGCUGGGAUAUGCCAUUGCCUGUGUGUAUUGGCCUUGAGUGCCAGCCCAGGGAUGUGACGUACGAAGCCGAUGCUGGAGCAGCGGGCCUUGCUGCUGAUGUCUACCUGGUCAUUGAUCAGUCUAGGAGCAUGGAGGGUGAAAUUGCCUGGCUGCCUGGUUUUAUUCGCAGCCUCGAGACUAACCUGCGUGCCAAGGGCAUUGGCUCGGAAUCAGCUUGUCCCAAUAUGUACUCAAUCACCGGUUAUGGUCGCUCAACCCCCAAUCAUCUUGGCAAUGUCUUCACGGACUCUGAUGGAUCAACCUGCUUUAUGGCAUCCAGAUUCAACUCGGUGAACCGCCAAGUGUCGGCCGACCAGAACGGACGUGUUGAGGAUGGCUAUGAAGCAUUGAUCAAGGCCCUAGACGGGGUUAGCUGUGAUCGACGGCAGACUUGUACUAUUGGCCGGAACAUGAUUCUCAUCUCUGAUGAAGACCGUGACAGUAUAGAUGCUGCUCUGAACCCGAGUGUUGUCGAAACACGUCUGCAGGAGAAGGGAUUCAUCCUCAACGUUGUCGUUGACAACACAUUCACAGGAGCUGGCCAGAAUGCACUUGGAGUGGUCUACGAUGACUCUGGCAGCAACGCUGCUUUCCUGGAGCGCAACGGUGGCACUUACCAACGCACUUCCAGCAAUGUUGUUCUUGGCCAGGGAUAUGCCGGCACUCGUCGUCAGUACACAGAUGUAGCCUUGGCGCUGCGCGGCGGUGCCUGGGACAUCAACAUCCUCCGUCUCGGUGGCAACGCAGCCGAUGCCUUCACAUCGGCCAUAGUCGACAUCAAGGCCGAGGAGAUCCUAGGGCAGCUCCGUGGCUGCCAAGUCUGCACAUGCAGUCGCCUUGGACAGAAGGAGUGUGUCGGGGCUCUCGAUCAGCAGGAGUGUGCCUGCCGCAGCAACAACAGGCGGUGGGAUUCCAUCAGACGUACAUGUGGAUAAGUGAACAGCAACGCCUACAUCGAAUGACAGUCCACUCAACAAUCGUCUGGAGUCCUGGCAGUAUGGUUCAUCAUUGACAGCAUUGUCCUGUGUGCCAACGGCUUACAGACUUUGAAAACAACGUUGCUUCCGCAUGCAACCACACAAUUAUAGUUAACUUACACAGCUAUUUUCUGAGAGCUACACUUCUUUUAAAAUGCCAGUUGUGAUAUUCUUUUAAAAUGCCAGUUGUGAUAUUCCUGCUCAGUGCCGCUGUAGAUGUGAACUUCUCUCUUUCGCUGACCGCGUAUGAUGCUCCACACUUGCUCAAUGGCGGUGUAUCGUAUCAAGAAUCAUCAUUAUACGAUAGAUGCGUGUAUGCUUUCCCACUGUCAAAAGGAUGGUUAUAGUUGCGAUAUCAAACCGGUCAAAUAGAUUUUGCAUCCACCAUAUCUUGUGCAGUUCCCAUUAUUUUGAUGUUCCUGUACAAAAAAUGUUUUAAAAUGUUCUUUGACGUACCUUAUUAGUACUGUCCCACCCAUGCUACAACUACCUAUUCAACAUCAGGGAUUAUUAUCACA